CAGCAGCAGCUCAACACAGAAAGUCAGGGAGAGGGUUUGAAGAUGGACCGGGAGAUGAAGAUAACAGACAGCAUAGAGGACCGAGGUCUUCUAGAAAGCAGCAUGCGCCUGAAGCCUCACGAAGCACAGAGUUACCGGAAGAAAGCUCUGUGGGUGUCCUGGGUGUCCAUAGCGAUCACCAUCGUCCUGGCCGUCGCUGCUUUCACUGUUUCCAUCAUGCGCCACAGUGCUUCAGCUUUUGGAUUUGCCUUUGAUGCCACGCUGGAUGUGUUGUCCUCCGUCAUUGUACUGUGGCGGUACAGCAACGCUGCAGCUGUGCACUCAGCACACCGCGAGUACAUAGCCUGUGUUAUCUUGGGAGUGAUUUUCAUCCUGUCCUCCUUGUGCAUUCUGGGUAAGGCCAUCCACGACCUGGCCACCAAGCUGCUACCUGAAGUGGAUGGAUUCCUGUUCAGCGUGUCCAUCGUCAGUGGCUUGCUGUGCAUCAUCCUGUCUGUGGUCAAGUUUAUGCUCGGCAAAGUGCUCACGAGCCGAGCCCUCAUCACUGAUGGAUUUAACUCACUGGUGGGGGGAGUCAUGGGGUUCUCCAUCCUCAUCAGUGCUGAAGUGUUCAAGCACGAACCCAAUGUGUGGUACCUGGAUGGGACAAUAGGCGUCCUCAUAGGUCUUAUCAUCCUCGCCUAUGGAGUCAAGCUGCUGCUGGACAUGGUCCCACGGGUCCGUCAAACCAGGAACUACGAGCGCUUUGAGUGACGGACCACAGAGGAAAAGAAAAGAAGGAGAAGAGGAGGGUUUUUGGGAGGGAUGGAAGGGGGGCUGACUGACAGAAGAGGGACGUUGGUUUCAGUCCCUACUGUCUCCCUAGACAAUCACACUGAGUCCUCAAGGUGCCAGCAGGGGGCUCUGGUGUCUGUACAGUCCUCCCAUUCAAAGAUCUGAACUGAGGAUCCACAGUGUGGGCGGAUACAAUUCUUGGAACCUUUUAAGUGUUUUAAACAAUUUGGUGUAAAUAUAUCAUUAUCUGUCAUUAACAGUGAGUGGGCAGUCUGUUUCUUUCAUUACCUCCGUAUUUAAACUAAAGGGUUAAAGAGAUUGAGGGAACUGUGGAGGGGAGUUAAACUAACUGAGACAGAAAUAACCGACAGGACGGAGAGAGGAGCUCGGACCGCAGCGUGCAGGAGACAUAUGGACCCCCGAGAGUCCAUAACUCUGUAAAAGCAACAGAUUUUAUUUUUUUUGUACAGCGAGUUGAUGUACAAUACAAAACACAGCAGUUUAUUUUUCCCCAUGGUUCCUAGAGGCCUUUGCUCAGCUGUGCUAUAAAAUGUCGCAGUGCAAACUGAUUGAUGUAGCUGAUGUAGCAGUGGAGUAUUAAUGGUGUUUUACCUUUUUUAUGACUAGAGAGGAUAUAUCAGUACAAGGCCCUUUUGGCAUAGGGAGCAGGUAUACACACACACACACACACACACACAGAGAGAGAGAGAGGGGCUCAGUAAUGUGAUUUGCUGUUUACAAUAUUUAUCUGGACUGUUGGUGAGAGCAGGGAAGCCUGGAGUGGGCACUGUUUCAGCAACCUAAUGCCAGCUUACAGUCCUGGAGGAUAAAAAAUCAUCAUCAUUGGCAUUCAGUCUCAAACCCAGAGCCCUGACCUGACUCACCCUCCACUUCACUGAACGUCACACACAAGGAAAAUGGUUCAAACUAGCUCCGUUUACUUCAGGUUGCCACCUUUUUGAUUUGGGUUUUGCAGUUAAUAUCAUUAUACUUGCGCCAUCUACUGACCAGAAGAGGUACCUGAUACACUUGUGAACAUAUUUGAAUGUGAAUCUAAUACAGCUGGAAGUCUGUGAACAAACAUUUACAGGUCAAAGAAAGCUUUAAUACAUAAAUAAAAUAAAUAAAAACUGUCAGCACUGAGGGUCAGUAGAGAUAAAAACCUUUAAGGUGCAACAUUAAACAUGUUUACAGUGGAGCCAAAAGCUGCAGCAACCAAUAAAAACAGAAAGUUCACCCAUCAAUAAAAACAUGUAUAUGUCAGGAUCAAUGGAAAGGAAACGGGUGAAGCCGCUGUGUAUUGUGGGUUGUUCCAGCUAGUGGAGGCUGAUUAGUUGAUGAGUUUCACCUGCGGCCUCCCGCAGUGUCUGCACACACACACACACACACACACACACUCCUGCAUGGACUCUCAAUAGGUGAGCUAGAUUUUAAUAUGUUAUUAUUUUUGCCCUGUUCGGUCUCAGUUUUGUUGCUUUGUUUAAUUCGGUGUGUGUGUGUGUGUGCGUGUGUGUGUUUAACUGAGGCUUUAACGCUGGUCGCAGCUGUGAGUGCAAAUGUUUGGGGAGUGUCUCAGAGGGUUUCAGUGCUUUCAGAGAUAAUUUACUCAAUAUUGUGUUCAUUGGUUUGGAGACUAGCAGCAGCUUUGGGCCCCUGUUGGUUCGGGCUUUAGUUUAAAUCCUGCGGCCUUAUUUGUAGGAACAUUCAGGUGUGUGAACCCGUGCGGCGCACACCUGUCACCCGUACAUGGUCGAUAAUGAAUAGCUCAGGAAUGUAACCAGCAAACCGUGAAGUUACUUUGGUAACGACCGAAAAAAACUCCUUAAAAACCGUCUCACACACACGAGUUCACAGUGAAUUAACAUUGUUAUGAGUCUGUGUUUAAUUCGGCGAAUAUCGAGCAACAAAAAAGCUUUUAUUUUAUUGAUAAAUCGUAUUUUUAUAAGCUGUCCGCCUCUGAUUCCCUCAGUCUUCUCCCACUAAAAUAACACAACUAACCAACGGAGGCUGGUAGCGAACUGAAUCUAGUCUGUACUGAAAUACAGUUUAUCUUUAUGGAUUAUAUUGAUGCCGAAUUGACAAUAAGGCUGUCGAAAUAUCACCCUCUUUAUCUUGCGUUAUUAGAGUUGUGUGUUUUUACAGAUACCUAAGGAAUUGUUAAUUUGACGCAUUUCUUAAAGGGAGUUUGGCGCGUCUCCAUUGCGCACAGCUCUGCCCCAGUUUGGUUUCAGUACUGCUGAUGAAUCGAUACUUGUAGUGGUGAUAAUAAUAAAUAUAUCCACAGUUAGAGGCAUGUGUAGUGGUGAUUUUGUUAUGUUUGUCUUCUGGCCUCGUUGUUUCCCAUGGCUGAGCUUUACGCAUAUCCUUUACCUCCAAUCUUUAGAAAUGAGUCCUCUGGUCAUGUGAUUGUGAGUUUGUCCACAUUAAGAGCCAUGAAUUCCUUCUGUAGGCUGGUUGAGCUCAUUUUAGUGCGACAGAAGUUAGUUGACACUCUGUAUUAGCAGCAUUAUCCUGGUUUCUGAUUGGUUGUCUUUUGGUUCCAGUGUAAUCGGUGCACAAGCACCCACCAGCAAUGACUGAGACUAGUUAAUGGAGAGCUCAGCCUCUGUGUCUGAGUGUUUUUGUCUUGGGCUUUGUAACCUUCGAGCACAACGAGAAGCAUUUGGUGCGUUUCCUCUUGUGCUGCUGCCUGAUGAAGGACCCUGACUGGAGCUUAUCUAUAAUGAACUCAGUGCUGACAGCGUGCAGGAAACCAAAUGACACUUUGUACUAUGAAAUAUUUCAUUAUCGUACUGUGAAGGAUUCCACUUUCUGUGUACUGAAAGCAGAGUGAGGCCAAACUGACUAUUACACUUGAAUCUGUUGAACUGAGGAUCAUCACGUACAUUUCAAACUCUGCAGUGUUAAAGUGGUAAAAUAUUGCUCCCUCUUUGUCACCUUUUCUGUAUGUGAUGCUCGAUCUGUGUAACCACUGAUCACGUUGGUGAAAUUGGCCACAUCACAAAUACUGCAGUGACAGUUUUGGAGAACAGACAAGUCAAUAUUUAUCUUGUUGAUUGUGCAGAGUCAAUAUGUGUCCUCUUAUCUGCAGCUGCUGUUUGCUUUUGAGGCCAAUAUCUAAUCAUUCUGGUGAAUUAAGUCCAUUGACCUGUGGAGUAAUAGUUAUAAUUUAUGACAACCUUAUUGUUAACAAUAUAUAUUUGAUUUAGGUCUCUUCCAUCAGCUCAGCUCUUUACUUUCCUCCAGUGUGGUUGGAGCUGCAGCUCAUGAGCCUCAAAUGUAGAAGUGAAUGUGAACAGAAGCACAAAACUGAGUUUACUGAAGCACAGUGGCAACAAAACUGCUCGCAGGCGUUGAGAAGGAAGCUCUUUCCUACAGUAUGUCCUCAAUAUGGAAGAACAACCUUUUUAAAAUAACCAAACUGACCCAACUUUCCGUCCCAUCUGGGCUCAUUUUUUAGCUCCAGAGCCUUAAAUCUUACUGAUCAGUGUUUGUGGAGCGUGAAUGUAAAGAUCAGGUGACUGUCAGAGAUUAAAAGGGGAUGGUUCUUGUGUCAGAUGUAUUCAUAGGUUUUCCUCAAGUCUGUGUUUGCUGCAGUGACUGUAACUGAAUGUACACACAGUGAUGUGAAUUUAUACGGCGCAAAAAUGUGUUACUGUGGAUUUAUGCUUAGUCACAUUUUAGAACUGUGUUUAACUUAGAGAAGAAUCAGUUUAUGGAGUUUAUAUUUGUGCCUAAAAUGUGACAUUGAGCUCAGAAAAACCCUUUUUGGAAGCACAUCUGUUUUAUAGAUGAAUUAUUACCAUAUAGGACAGCUAGUUAUUUUCUUUAUUGAUUAAUCUCCCUAUUAUCUGUAAUUGUUUGGUUAAAAUUGUCUACAAAUUUGUCCCAAAUAUAUUCAGUUUAUUAAAGAAAACCAUCAGGUAUUUAAAAUUAAAGUUGUAACAAAGACAGUUUUGUUUAUAAGGUUAAUAAAA